AUGAAUCAAGAGGAGGAAAAUGGCGGCGAAGAGUCCGUUUCUGCGGUGUACAUGCGGGAGCGGCAGGAGCGGAUGCUGAUGAUGAAGCGCAAGAACAUGGAGCGCGAGGAGAAGGAGGGCCGACCAUCAGCGCGCCAGAGGCGAGCUGCUGACGGCGCUGGCGCUAGUUUCGGUGGUGGCGGUGGUGGGGGUGGGGGUAACGGGUACCAUGGGGAGGGUGGUGGCGGGUCGGAGCACCGAGCGUCUGGGGGUCAGAGGAGGCCGUCCUGUCAUGAAGGAGCUGAGGUGGAGUGGGCGAGAAUGGCACCUCUAGUGGUAGCGAUCGUGGGGGUGGAGGGAGGGACCAUUUGUGGUGAAGCUGAGGGAGGAGACUUGGCUAUGGGUGGUGGUCGGACACUUGGGAAUUGCCCCUCUAUGGCCGAGGCCAUUGAGCUGCUGAUCCCAGCCAAGGCACCACUCCGGGAGGCGUUUAGAGAGGUGGUGGAGCCGGAAACACCAGCUUGUUUUUCUACCUCAAGGUGGAUCGACUGCCCCUCUAUGGGCGAGGCCAUUGGGCUGCUCAUUCCCUGCAAGGCGCCACUGGGCGAGGCGUUCAGAGAGGUGGUGGAGCCGGGCAAGCGGUGGAACGUGGAGGUGGUGAUGAAGCACACGCGGAGCAUGAAGAAAGACGUGGGGUUGGUGAUUGAUCUGACCAACACCACGCGUUACUACAACCCAAAAGAGUUCUUCAAAUAUAACGUCAAGUACCUCAAGCUGGCUUGCAGGGGACGAGAUGAGGUGCCAGAUGAUGAGACAGUCAACCGCUUUGUCUAUGUGGCGCUGGACUACAUGCGGGCUACAGAGCGCAAGAAGUACAUUGUGGUGCACUGCACGCACGGGCACAACCGCACGGGUUUCGUGAUCAUCCACUUCCUCAUGCGCGCCAUGGGAGGGCACGUGGCAGAGAGGCUAGCCGAGUUCGCAGAGGCCCGCCCCCCGGGCAUAUACAAGGAGGAGUACAUCCAGGCGCUCUUCUCCUUCUACCACGAGCGGCGCCCCGAGGUGGUGAUCUGCCCCUCCACACCCGAGUGGAAGGCCACAUUCGACCUGGACCUGGAUCUCAACGUGGCGCUUGAGAUGGACGAGGAGGACGAGGGAGGAGGCAGCGCAGGCGGUGGUGGUGGGGAUGACGGCAACGAGGAGUGUGGCGCUGCUGUGCUGCCAGAGCCGGAGCCAAGCAAGGAGGAGGAGGGCAAGAAGAAAAUGACGAUUGACGAUGUGCUGGGGUCGGCGAUACCGGAGGAGCAGCAGAUGGAGCUGCAGCAGCUCGUGUGCACGGGGCUCAAGUCGAACAAUUUCCGGCACUUCCCCGGCUCGCAACCAGUCUCGCUGGACCUCAAGAACCUUCAGCUGCUGCGGCAGCGGCUGUACUACGUGACGUGGAAGGCGGAUGGCACGCGCUACAUGAUGCUCAUCUGCCCCGAUGGCUGCUACCUCAUCGACAGAAACUUCCGGUUCCGGCGGGUGCAGAUGCGGUUCCCGGCGCGCAAGCACGUGCAGCACAAGGCGCUGGACGACUGGGACGUGCAUCGUACCACACUGCUGGACGGCGAGAUGGUCGUCGAUGAGCUGCCCGGCACUGGCGUGCAGGAGAGGCGCUACCUCAUCUACGAUCUCAUGAUGCUUGAUAGCGUGCCGUUGGGGGAUAGACCAUUCGCGGAGCGGUUUGAGCUGAUAGAGAGGGAGGUGGUGGCGCCGCGCAAGAUGGAUGCAGCGAUGAACCCCCUGUACGACUACAGCCUGGAGGACUUCAAGGUGCGGCGCAAGGACUUUUACAUGCUGAGCACGGUGGGAAAACUGCUUCACGACUUCAUUCCCAAGCUCAGCCACGAGUCCGAUGGACUCAUCCUGCAGGGGUGGAACGAUGCGUAUGUGCCGCGCACGCAUGAGGGUCUGCUCAAGUGGAAGUACGCUCACAUGAACUCCGUUGACUUCUGCCUCAAGAAAUCACCGGAGGGCAAGUGGGUGCUGCUGCUGUCCGACAGGAAGACGCUACGAGCGCUGCCAGCAUCCAAGUUCACCCACCCUGGCAUGAGUGAGGAGGAGGCGAACGAGCUGGAGGGGAAGAUAGUGGAGUGCUGCUGGAAGAAGGAUGAGGGCGAGUGGGAGUUCAUGCGCGUGCGCACAGAUAAGGAGCACCCCAACGCGUGGCACACGUACCUCAAGGUGAUGGAGAGCAUUCGUGACAACAUCACAGAGGAGGUGCUGCUGAAGGAGCUUGUGCUCCUUAAACCCGGCUCUGCUCCAUUUGUUUCCAUCUGCCCCGGCUUUCUAUCACCCCAUUUGCCCCGUCUUUCCCCCUUCCUUUCCCCCAUUCUUUCCCCACACCCUUUUCCCCCUUCCUUUCCCCCAUUCUUUCCCCACACCCUUUUCCCCCUUCCUUUCCCCCAUUCUUUCCCCACACCCUUUUCCCCCUUCCUUUCCCCCAUGCUUUCCCCACACCCUUUCCCCCUUCCUUUCCUCCAUCCUCAAGAACACCCGUUCCCCCCACCUUUCCCCCGCCCGUUCCCCCCACCUGUCCCCCCGCCCGUUCCCCCCGCCCGCUCCACCCGCCCGUUCCCACUGCCCGUGCCCCCCACCCCACCCGUGCCCCCCACCCGUUCCCCCCACCCGUGCCCCCCACCCAUUCGUCUGGCAGAUCCCGAGGUGGCGUCCAACGCGACUGAGUACAUGCGCAUUGCCAAGUCAGCCGGGGAGAUCGAAGAGGUGGCGAGUGCCUAUGCGGAGUGGAAGGACAAGCAGCAGCAACUGGCUGACGCAAAAGCCUUGAUGAAGGACAGUGCAUCGGACCCGGAGAUGGCAGAGAUGGCCGGGGAGGAGGUGGGGGAUCUGGAGGCGCAGCUAGAGGAGCUGGAGGGGCGGCUCAAGGUGCUGCUGCUGCCCACCGACCCGCUUGACGCGAGAAACAUCAUGCUGGAAGUGCGGGCGGGCACAGGAGGGGAUGAGGCCGGCAUCUGGGCAGGCGACCUGGUGAAGAUGUACGGUCGCUACGCAGACAAGAACGGGUGGCGGGUGUCUCCUGUUUCCUGCACUGAGGCGGAGAUGGGCGGGUUCAAGGAGUAUGUGAUGGAGAUAGCGGGCGAGCGCGUGUACAGCAAGCUCAAGUACGAGAGUGGUGUGCACCGCGUGCAGCGCGUGCCUGCCACUGAGUCCGCAGGCAGGGUGCACACCUCCACUGCCACUGUGGCGAUCAUGCCCGAGAUAGACGAGGUAGAAGUGGUGAUCGACCCGAAAGACAUUGAGCUCACGACAGCGCGGUCAGGGGGCGCGGGGGGGCAGAACGUGAACAAGGUGGAGACGGCGGCGGACCUGUUCCACAAGCCCACGGGCAUCCGCAUCUUCUGCACCGAGGAGCGCUCGCAGCUCAAGAACAAGAUCCGCGCCAUGCAGCUGCUGCGCGCCAAGCUUUAUGAGCGCAUGCUGCAGGAGCAACAGGACGAAGUCAGCUCUCGCAGACGAUCGCAGGUCGGCACGGGCUCACGUUCCGAGAAGAUUCGAACGUACAACUACAAGGACAACCGGGUGUCGGACCAUCGCACCAAGAUCAACUACGAUCUCGGCUCGUUCCUCAAUGGUGAUAUUGACAACGCCAUCCAGUCCAUGGUGGCGAUGGAGCAGAAGGAGAUGCUGGAGGAGCUUGCAGCGUCCGUGCAAACCACAGUCUGA